AUGUGGUGGCUCCGGUGGCACCCAACAACGUCGGCGGCUGGUGACAACAAUUCCAGCUCAAGCUUAAGAGUUCAUCACGAGAUCAAUCUACACCUCUCACCUAGAUCUGAGAUCGGUUCUGGUUCAAGUCCGGAUCUUCAAACGACUGGGUUUGAUUCUUCGGCUCUCAAUCGAAAAUAG